GCAAGUGAAAACAUUUCAACUUAGUGAAGUUUUUAAGCUGUGAUUUUGAUGGGGAAAUCCCCUCAGUUUUAUUGCAGUGGCAAUUGUUUCGUGCAGUGAAGAAAGGAGAAUAAUUUUACAUUCGAAAUGGCUGAGUCUCAAGUGGUAAAAGAUGGGUUUUACAGGAUAGAGUUGAACAAGACAGUAUGGGAAGUACCGUCGCGAUAUCAACUUCUAACGCCUGUGGGGUCCGGAGCUUACGGGCAAGUUUGCUCUGCAUGUGACAGUAAAACGAACCAGAAAGUUGCUAUAAAGAAGCUUGCUCGACCUUUCCAAACUGCUGUCCAUGCUAAAAGAACAUACAGAGAGUUGAGAAUGUUAAAACAUAUGGAUCAUGAAAACGUUAUUGGUUUACUAGAUGUGUUCACACCAACAGCCACAUUUAAGGAUUUUCAAGAUGUGUACUUGGUGACACACCUUAUGGGAGCUGACCUGAAUAACAUUGUCAAAACCCAGAAACUCAGUGAUGACCAUGUUCAGUUUUUGGUCUAUCAAAUACUCAGAGGUCUUAAGUACAUUCAUUCUGCUGGGAUUAUUCAUAGGGAUUUGAAGCCUAGUAAUAUUGCAGUCAAUGAGGAUUGUGAACUAAAGAUUCUAGACUUUGGUUUAGCACGGCACACUGAGACAGAAAUGACAGGCUAUGUGGCAACACGGUGGUACAGAGCCCCAGAAAUUAUGCUCAACUGGAUGCACUACACACAGACGGUGGAUAUAUGGUCGGUGGGUUGUAUUAUGGCAGAGAUGUUGACUGGAAGAGCCCUCUUUCCAGGCACAGAUCAUAUUGACCAACUGACUCGAAUUUUGGCAAUGGUUGGAACACCAGAGGGAAAAAUAUUAGAGAAAAUCACCAGUUGUGAGGCUAGACACUAUAUUGCAAGUUUACAAAAGUGGAAGAAAAAGGACUUCAGGGAAGUGUUUAUUGGAGCAAAUCCACAUGCUAUUGAUCUUCUUGAAAAAAUGUUGACAUUGGAUGCUGACAACCGCAUCACUGCAGAACAAGGUCUGGCCCACCCAUAUUUAAAGCAAUACUGUGACCCCACGGACGAACCCACUGCAGAGCCAUAUGAUGAUUCCUUUGAGGCCAUGGACCUAAGUAUACCAGACUGGAAAAGCAAAGUUUAUGAAGAAGUAGUCAAUUUUACCCCAAACUCUUAAAGUGUGUGAUGGUGCCGUAUGGAGGUGUUACAGAGAGAGCACAACAGGGUGUUUUCUCCAGGAAAGCCUCAAAGAAAUGGACAGAUUGAAUGAAUCUACAGAAGAGGGCAAUUCAGUGUCUCAUAUUAGUGUGUAAACCUGUUGAAUGAGUGUACAUAGAAGCUGACCUAGUGUUCAGUCCAGAUCAAGAUCAACUUAUAACAUUACUAGUAGGGACAGAGGGUGGUAGGGAUAUAAUGGCAUGCUACAUACUGCAGAUUUUGUCAACAUCUGUCUUGGGUAUUAACCCCAGAGUUGCAAUUGUGGAAAUGACUAGCUGUGUGUUAUUAGAAAAGACGCAGUGCUAUUCUGUAAGGUUAGCUCCAAGAUAAUCAUAAAAAUAGGUAUAAAUAUCAUAGGGAUGUCAUGGGAAUAUAUUGUUAACGUCAAUACACAUAUAGUAUAUCAAUUUUGAAAGUAUUUGGAGAUGUUUUAUAAUGAAACAUUUUUUUAAUAUUAAAAGGUGGUUGAUUAUUAUAUUUUAAACAUCUCAGCGGAUAAGCAAUAUAAUAUCAAAUAAGGUUGCUGAACUUGCUGUACUGUUACUUGAAUCACUACUCAGAAAGAGAAGAGGUGCUGGUGAAACGUUGUCCAGAUAUGGUGUAAAUUGAGAUAGCAUUGCUUUCGCAGGAAUUGCCUGAACAUGGUUUCAAAAGAUGCAAAUAGUUUUUUGUACGGAUUAGUACGGUUUUAGCUUGUAUUUUAUGUCUUAAAGCCAUUAAUUCCAAAGGCUGUAUGAAUGUCCGAUGUAAAUAUCUGGAUAAAAAUUUUGUUGUCUGGUCAAGUUUCCCAUGUCUAUGCAGGGAUGAAUGAUAAAAUGUUUGAAAACUUUUUUCAUUUAAAUAUUUUUUUUCAAUUGUUAUUGUUUCUCUCCCUUUUUUGUUUUAACAUGUGAUCCAUAAUAUUUUCCCUCAUCCCAAAUCCCAUUUCUAAAUGCAUGGUAGAUGUUUUAGUUCCUGUCUGUUUUGUUCAGUGUCAACUGAAUGAGGCUUUCCUUUUGAGGGUUAGCAAUUUUCUAUGUGACUUUCAUUACAAUAUUUUGAUAUGGAUACAUGCUUCCCCAUGUAUUUAGCACUUAGUGGUAGAUGUUAUAUUAACUAGAAUUAUCUUUCAGGGGAAAAAUGUUCCAUUUCACGUUACAUGUAUUUGACAGGUAUUUGACAGGUUGCUAAUUACUGGGAAAAGAUAAAAUUGUGAUAUAAAACCAGCCACAUACAGCAAAAUGGUCGUUUUGAGAAUCAGUAAACUAACAAAUUGACACCUGUUAAUAUAAUAAUCUCACACAGUGAUGCAAAUGUAGAGCUAUGUAUUUAUUUCAUUAUGCACAAGAACUAUUGAUCGCUCACCACAAGUUUCAACAGUUAAAGAGAAUACAUGUUUAUAUCAUUUUGUGAUUAAGCACAAGUUUUGAAGGUUAUUCAAAUUUUAACAACAGUGAAUACCCAUACAUCAUUCCUUAAAUUGAAGUGCGCGCUAACCAAAGGUUUUAAGGAUUAUUAUUAGAUUUAUCAAAAUAGUUAGAAAACACAUUUCAGCAUUUUAGGAAAAUUACUCUAUUGAUAGACAUCAGUUUCCCCAGUUCCUCUCAGUUGAGGAACCCCAUGCACCCAUGCUAAGUGUGUUGAUUUGCAUUCAUAAAUAAAGAUUAGUUCACAUUUGUACAGUAUGCUGUAAGUUUGGCAUUUCAUAGUUUUAUAUUGAGCUUAUUUACAAGCACACUUUUAUGUAUAAAUCACCUGUGUGUGAGUUUUUUUGCCUCUGUAUAUUUUUGCAUUUUUUCUUUGUUUGAAGUUGCGAAAAAUUCUUCCAUUCAGAAACUGUUAUUUUCUGAUAAAUUUUGUUCUUCUGAAUUUACCUAAUAAAUAGACAAAGAUAGACUUCUACCAAUACCUUUCAAGAAAAUUUUUAUGACUGCUGCUAUAUUUCUGUGUGUUUAAGUUGUAACUGGUAUCCUUUGAUGCAUAUGUAGAUUUAAUAUUAGGUGGCUAUUGCUUGCUAGUGAUUACUUACCUUCAAUGUUGUUUUGUGGACAUCAAAGUUGACAACAUAUGUUUGCUCAUUUAAACCUCAUUGUGUAUUUUUGAGAUCAGUAUAUGUAGUAUAUAAAUGAUAUGCACAAGAUGUGGUGUGGUUUUUCUGUUGAAUACAAAUAUGUGAUGACCAUAUUCAACUGGAUGGUGCGGUCAUUCAUAGAAUUCGUGAAACUCUUAUAAAACAUAUUACAGUAAGUACUUGCAGUUCAAUACAUCCCGUAAUAUGUCCACACUUUUAUAGAGGCUUGUUUUUGAAAAUAGCAUCCUCUACAUAUAUAUGUUUUGUGCAGUCAAUAGGAUGGAGUUUUUUUGUGUUGAACUAUUAGUCCUAUGUUGCAUUAUUUUGAUGUGUUUAAUUUCUAAAAUUCAUCUAUUCCCAUGUGCCAAUGAAGUGGCAUGAAGCCCAAAUAUAGGUCUACUAUUUCCUGUGCCUAACACUUUCAGUUUUAUAUGAAUAUAUCGAGAAAACUGCAGAUGUUAAUCCUUCUGUCUAAAGAUAUGAUUGGUUUAAAACAAAUUUUUGGAGAAUUUUCUCAGAAAAAUGUUGUACUUCAGGAUUGUCAAACAGCAACUUUCUUAAAAUAAUAAUAGACAAACAAAAUGUAUCAUAUACUGUUGAGAGGCAUACAGUUUAUAUUCUUUUACAGGACCAUAUGUUAACAUCAUUUAUAUAAAUAAUAAACGUAUUAAAAAUA